AUAAAUAAUUUUUAAAAAAUGCUUUAGAAAUUAUGCGCAGAAUAAGUGCCCACAUAGGAGUUACAAACUUUAUGGUGAUAAACAAAGAUGGUUUACCUCUGUACUGUUCUAGUGAGUUGAGCAAAAGUAAGGAAUCUCAAAUCAAACACAUUUACGAACUGGUCAUCGCAGCACGUAGGAUGAUCCGUGAUGUAGACCCAACAGACGAUCUUAUGUUCUUACGUACUGGAACUGGCCAGUCUGAGCUGCUUAUUUCCCCUGACAAGGACUUCACAGUUGUUGUGGUGCAGAAUGUCAACCCGAGUAAGAACAGCUCUAAUGAAUCUUUAUGAAGACAAGCUGGUGUAUUGAUUUGAGAAAAUAAUCACAAAUUUCUAUUGCGCCUUAACUAGAAGAGAAUAGAAAUUACUUGUCAUUGUUGUAUUAUAAUGUAAAUAAAUUU